AUGCUACAGGAGCCCUGGCGUAUUCAGAGCUUUAAAUUGAAAUGUAUCAGAUACCUGAGAUGGACUGAUAUUGAAUUCCCUCAGUUUUCCACUGUCUCAUCCAAGAUUCUCCUCUUCUGGUCAGUACUGGUAAUUAUCUGUUUUCCACAUCUUGUGCAUUCCCUCCCAUACAAAGUGGGAGUUGUUGGACCUUGGACUUGCGACCCAUUGUUUUCUAAAGCACUCCCAAAUGUUGCUGCCAAGUUAGCCAUUGAACGCAUCAAUAAAGAUGUGUCUCUAGAUCUAGGACUCAUAUUCAAUUAUGCAAUACUUGAAGAAGAUUGCCAAACCUCUAAAGCCCUUUCUACUUUUCUUACCUAUUCUGGGGUAGCAUCAGGGUUUAUUGGCCCAUCUAACCCUGGAUACUGUGAUGCUGCUACUCUACUAGGCAAGAACUGGAACAAAGCUGUCUUUUCUUGGGCAUGCAUCAACUAUGAGUUGGACAAUGUAAAGAGCUAUCCCACUUUUGCCAGGACGCUCCCUUCUCCCACAAGGGUUCUUUUUAAUGUGAUGAAGUAUUUCCAGUGGGCACAUGUUGGAGUUAUUUCAUCAAAUGAAGAUAUCUGGAGGGACACUGGCAGGAAAGUAGCAAAUGCUCUUCGUGGCAAUGGAUUGCCAGUAGGAAUUGUAGUCUCUAUGGGAGAGGACCCUAGGAGUAUCCAGCAAGCUCUGGAGAAGGUACGAAAGGCCGACAACAUAAGAAUAAUUAUUAUGUGCAUGCAUUCUGUACUAAUUGGGGGACAGCCACAACGUCAGCUAUUGGAGAUUGCUCAUGACAUGAAAAUGACAGAUGGUACCUAUGUGUUUGUCCCAUAUGACACCCUGUACUAUAGUUUGCCAUAUGAGAAUACCCCAUAUGAAGUACUAAGAAGUAGCACUAAACUCAAAGAAGCAUAUGAUGCAGUACUAACUAUUACUGUGGAGUCAGAACAAAAAACAUUCUACCAGGCCUUCCAGGAAGCCAAGGACAGAGGAGAGCUGGUUACGAAAUUGCUGCCCAACCAGGUCUCUCCGUUAUUUGGAACUAUUUAUAAUGCAAUAUAUUUCACUGCUCAUGCCAUGAACAACAGUAAAAGGCACCAGUCCUGGGUGUCAGGGACCAGUUUAGUUCAACAUUCCAAAAACAUGCAGUUUUAUGGAUUUAACCAGUGGAUUAGGACAGAUAUGAAUGGAUAUGGGUUCACAGACUAUGUCAUCCUGGAUACAGACAUCAAGACAUGUGAGCUUUAUCGUACUUAUAUUGUUGAUAUGGAAACAGAUAUGGUUCGAUACAUGGGGAGGCCAAUUCACUUUCCCAAUGGAGUUACUCCAAAGACAGACUCAUACUGCUGGUUUUCUAAUGGAAAAAUUUGUACGGGAGGAAUUGAUCCUGCCGUUGCUUUAAUGGUCUUCCUAUGCAUAAUUGUUGCCAUCAUCUCCAUGAAUGGACUGUCUUAUAUUAUAAGACGGCGAAUAAAUAAAAUCAAGUUAGUUAGAGGACCCAACAAAAUUCUCUUGACUUUGGAGGAUGUGACAUUCAUUAAUCCACAGUUUAGUGUCAAGAAACUGAGUAACAGUGGCAGCCGUGCUAGUGACAGCGGACAGGUAAUUUCAGAUACAAAGAGCAUAAAGUCACCAAUGAGGUCUGGGUCAACCAAAAGCCUUACACCUGCUACCUAUGAGAAUUCCAAUGUAGCCAUUUAUGAGGGUGACUGGGUGUGGCUGAAAAAGUUCCCAUCUGGUGAUUUUGGAGACCUUAAACCAGGAACAAGUGAUGUGUUUGAAAUUAUGAAGGACAUGCGCCAUGAAAAUGUCAACCCAUUUCUUGGAUUUUUUCAUGACUGUGGGGUCUUUGCCAUUGUCACAGAGUUUUGUUCCAGGGGCAGCCUGGAGGAUCUACUUCGUAACCCGGAUGUUAAACUCGACUGGAUGUUUAAAUCCUCUCUUCUUUUGGACCUCAUUAAGGGCAUGAAGUAUUUGCACCACAGAAAAUUUGUCCAUGGGAGGCUCAAGUCUCGGAACUCUGUAGUAGAUGGACGCUUUGUGUUGAAGAUCACAGAUUAUGGCUAUAAUGAAGUUUUGCAAACUCAAAGAAUUGCUUAUGAAGACCUAACAGCCAGUGAGCUUCUCUGGACAGCACCAGAGCUGCUCCGGGACCCACAUGCAGCUCUGCAUGGAUCUUUUCCUGGAGAUGUGUUUAGCUUCUCCAUCAUCAUGCAAGAGGUAGUGGUACGUGGGCCUCCAUACUGCACAGUUGAACUGUCUCCUGAAGAAAUCAUCCAGAAGAUUAAGAAGCCCCCUCCCAUGUGCCGUCCUGUUGUAUCUCCUGACCAUGCUCCUAUGGAGUGCAUAGUGCUCAUGAAGCAAUGCUGGAAUGAAGUGCCGGACAGACGUCCUACCUUUGAUGACAUUUUUGAUUUGUUCAAAAACAUCAAUAAAGGCAAGAAGACAAAUAUCAUUGAUUCCAUGCUGCGCAUGCUGGAGCAAUAUUCAAGUAACCUGGAAGAUUUAAUAAGGGAGAGAACAGAGGAAUUAGAGAUAGAAAAACAGAAAACAGAGAAGCUCUUAACACAAAUGUUACCUCCCUCAGUGGCUGAGGCUCUGAAGAUGGGCUGCACUGUGGAGCCUGAAGGUUUUGAUGAAGUCACUUUGUAUUUCAGUGAUAUUGUGGGCUUUACCACUAUAUCAGCCAUGAGUGAACCCAUUGAAGUGGUGGAUCUACUUAAUGAUCUGUACACAUUGUUUGAUGCCGUAAUAGGAAGCCAUGAUGUAUAUAAGGUAGAGACAAUAGGCGAUGCCUACAUGGUAGCUUCUGGGCUUCCUAAAAGAAAUGGGAACAGACACGCAGCAGAAAUCGCUAACAUGUCCCUUGAUAUCCUCAGCUCAGUUGGUUCAUUCAAAAUGAGACACAUGCCUGACGUCCCCGUUAGAAUACGAAUUGGCCUUCAUUCAGGCCCUGUUGUUGCAGGAGUAGUGGGCCUGACUAUGCCAAGGUACUGCCUGUUUGGUGAUACAGUUAACACUGCUUCUCGCAUGGAAUCUACCGGGUCACCCUAUCGGAUCCAUGUCAAUCAAAGUACUGUAAGAACACUUAAAUCAUUAAAUGAAGGAUAUCUUUUGGAAUUAAGAGGAAGAACAGAGCUGAAGGGUAAAGGUAUUGAAGAAACUUAUUGGCUGGUUGGAAAAGAAGGUUUUAGGAAACCGUUACCUGUCCCACCAGUGAUCAAGUCAGGGCAGAUGGGUCAUGGUUUGCUGCAGGAUGACAUAACCGCUUUCAUAAGAAGAAAAGCAGAAAAGCAACUUGCAAGAAAGAAUAACUGA